AUGGCUCUCCAGGUCUUGUUUCCAUCCAAGCCGGCCGCCCCUGGCCAUGACGGCGGGAGUAACAGCAUCAGCAAGAACCAGUCUGCCUUUGCCCUGACCAACGUCCGUCCAGGAGACGAAGACAACUAUGUGCGCGAAGUUUUGGCCCGUUCCGACGGCGUCUCUGAGGCAGACAUCGAGCGCGAGUUGCUAGCCAUGGCCGAGUCUCUGGGUAUUGAGCUGCCCAACCCAUCGGCCCUGAGCCUGUCCGACACAACAACACACCACAAUGACCACACCGCUGCCAGCAACAGCAGCAGAACCAGUAGUAGCCCAUCUAGCGACUCUGACAAGACCCUCGUCCCUCCCCAUCUGAACCGGAAUCGCCCCUUUUCGACCGGCUCUGAUGCCACAGCCUUCACAGCAAUCACAACAGUAGUGCCCUCGCACCCUUCCCGCGCGUCGACUGCACUCUCUCCUACGCUGACUGAGACGUCGACCGGCGACCGGCGUCGCUCCAGAAGCAGUAGUCUCAACUUUUCGUACUAUGAUCGCUACAUCAGCCAGCUGGAUCCGAUGCUGGAUCAGCCGAAGCUCUAUGUUAAUCGGCCUACGACCGCCAAAAUGGAGAGACUAUCAUCAUCAGGAGGUCGCACGUCGGGGACUAGGGGUUCGUCCAGAAAGGGCGUUAGAGGAUUGACUAAGAGUCUGGCGAGCAAGCUGAGGCUACGGAAGAGUUCUCCGAGUGGUGUAGCGCCUCUCCCCUGCGUCUGCUGCCGCGAAGACUUCAACCCCGACGCCAACACGCUUGAAACGCUCCCCUGCGGCCACCGCUACUGCCACGACUGCCUCAUCGUCAUCAUCUCGCAAUCCAUCGCCGACGAGUCCAAAAUGCCUCCUCGCUGCUGCACUCAGCCCAUCCCCAGCUCCAUCAUCCAAUCUAUCCUGCCCUCCGACCAGCAACAGCUCUUCCUCAAAGCCGUCGUGCAGUACAGCACGCCCUGGAAAGCCCGCAUCUUUUGUCCCAAUACGACCGUCUGCGGCGAGUUCAUCCCUCCGACCGGCAAGUUGGACCCUAAACAUCCCUUUGAAGUGGUCUGUCCCCACUGCGACACCCGUGUGUGUGUCAUGUGCAAGCGGGCCGCGCAUCCCCUCGGCCAGGACUGCCCUGAUGAUGCCGAGCUGGAGGCCGUUCUCAAAAUGGGCGAGCGGUCGGGCUGGCGCCGCUGUUAUAAGUGUCGCACACUGGUCGAGCUGGUGCAGGGGUGCACGCAUAUCACGUGUCGGUGUAAGGCGCAGUUUUGUUAUAUUUGUGGUGCCGUGUGGGAUCCACAGGUUGGAUGUCCGAAUUUUUGUAAUGGGGAAGAGGAGAUGGAGCGGAGGAGGGCCGAGGAGGAGGCCAGGCAGGCGGCGCUCGAGGCGGAGAGGCUUGCGCAGUUGAAAGCGCAGGAAGAAGAAGAGGCGAGGAAAAGAGAGGCUGAGCAAAGGACGAGGGAGAGCCCUGAGUUCCAAAGGCUACGGCAGCAGCAGGAGGCGGAGAUGGCAAGGUUCUUGGCGUACGAGCAGCGUGAGAAGGCUGCGAUGCGAGCGAGGCAUGCGGCCCGCAAGCAGGCCGUGCUGGCCAAGUACGAUGAGCAGAUCGAGAAGAUGCGCGAGCGCCAUGUCCGUACUGAGCAGCACCUUGAGGACCGGCAGGUCCUUGCUGAGAUGGAGCUGCAGAAGGCACAGCAGGAGAAGGAGAAGAAGGUGUUGCUCAAGCUGAAGUAUAUGGAAGACUACUGUCGCGGCGGCGUCACGGCCGACUCGCCUGAAGCCCAACAGCAACAGAUCAACUCGGACGAUCCGGACGCUCCGCCAAGGCGAAUUGUUACUGCUCGUGAUUUGGAACAGCUCCGUGAGCAGUACUGCGUGCGCGACGGCAUGCAGCGCCGACACCAGUCACAGAUCAAUGGGCUGCGCGAGCGGCAGGCGAAGGCGAUGGAGGAGCUGGUAGCGCGGCACGAGCGCGAGAUGGAUGCUCUUUUGGCGAGGCGGGAUGAGGAAGUUGAGGAUCUAGCUGUUGGGUUUGCCAAUGAGGCGGAUGCGCUGGAGAAGGUGUUUGCUGAGCGCAGGGCGAGGUUGGUGAGGAGAUGGGAGGUGGCCGCGGAGAUUUUGAGGGUUGAGAUGGAACGGAAGAGGGGAGUCGCGUUUGGCAGGAUGGAACCUGUUGUUUGGCCUGCUCCAGAGCCCGAAGAGGGGCGAGGAGAGGAAGAGAAGAAGGAUGAGCAGGCUGAGAAGGUUGAAGGACUGGCUGAUGGGGCUGAUGGGGCUGAUGGGGCUGAUGCAGUCAGCCAAGAGGAAGAGGACAACGCUGUUGGGAUCGCCAAGUAG